AUGAGCAGGUUGUGGGCGCUCGGGGGGCGUGCCUCGCGGGCGGUGGGCGGGGGCGCCGCGCUUGCGUCGUGGUUUGAGGGCUGCGGCUCGGUGCCGGCGCUGUGCGCCUCUGGGGCUGCGCGGGCUGCGAGCGGCGUCGCCCCUGCUGCGCCUGGUGCGGGGGUGGCGAGCUGGGGCGCGGGGCUGGCGCACGGGUUCGCGGCGUUGGGGCGCGCGCCGAUGCACCGGGCGAUAUUCACGCGAUCGCCGGCCCCGGGCGCGCUGCGCGCGCAGUCUGUCUCCUGCAGCGGGCACGGGGUGCAGACGCGAGGUCUCAAGCAAGCCAAGGUCCGCCGGACGGAGCACAAGCACCCCAAGCCCAGCAAGGUCAAGCAGAAGACGCCGACCGUUCUCAAGGGCCGGUUCAUCCUCGUGGAGAAGAAGUACAAGCUGCUCAACGGCAAGAUCAAGAAGGAGCGUCUGUUGAUGCACUGGGCCAUGGGCAGGAACAAGUACCGUCGCAAACACACCACCGACCGCGCGCGCCGCCUGCGCGGCCUCCGGCCCCUCAUGCACAAGGGCAUCGUCAAGGAGGCGGUGAAGCGCGGGUUCAAGUCGAACCGCACCAACCUGCGCGCGAGCGACCUCAAGCAGUUGAAGAACUUCCAACUGCCGCUACAGAGGCGGCGGCCGCCCUCCGGCGUCGACCCGAGCGCGCCCGUCUUCGUCAAGAUCGGCGGCCGCGGCGGCGUGCCCCUGUACUGA